GGUUGAAGAAAUUUGGUGUGGACAACCCUCUUACAGCAAGACCACAUAGAAAAGACUGUGAAGAAAAAGCCUUUGUCAAAUACUCAUAAAUUGAUUUAAUUACACGGUAAAAACACCGCGUAAAUGAUUUGACAAGUUUUGAUUUGUUUGUUGUGGACGUCGGGGGUGAUUGAAAUAUAAAAAGUGAAAGUGAUGAGGAAUUGUAUGGUUCGUAACUGUAGAAUGCCGAACAUCUUUGCCGUAAUGAAUAGCAGAGAUAAGAUGCUUUUGUUCAAGCAAGAAGAAAUUCGGAUUCCAAAACUUUUAGGACCAAAGCGUAUUGAAAGCUGAUUUCAUUAAAUCAUAACGAAACCAACUCCACUAGGUCUGCUUUUAUCAAUAGCUCUUUUCUCUGUGAUUCCACCAGGAAUCUUCGGACAGCGAUAGUUGUACAUAUAGUAAUUCAAGUAACCAUCGCCUUCGCCAAACAAAAGAUCCUUCAAAAAGAGGUUGUUAUCCAAAGCAGUGACUGCGUUGAAAACAUCAAAAUGGAGCUAUUCUUGUGUUAGUAUGACCAAUUACAGUUUGGGAGCGUUUGAAACACCCACAAAGAAAGGGAAACAUACAUUGUUGGCCAGAAUAAGGGCACUUUGAAGAAGCUCCUUCAGACGGUGAAUAUACUUUUCUUGAGCAGAAUCGGAACCGUCGCGUGGAUAUGAUUCGGUGGCAUAGUAAAACAAGUAUGCCGCUGAAAUGUGGUUGUACUUAGGGUUACCACUGACGGAGGAAGGCAAAGAGUAAAAUGAAAAGAAAUCGGUGAUCUUCUUCGUUUCUGGGUCCUGUAAACAGAGAGUUAGAAAGAAAACUGUAUACUAAAAAAAAAAAAAAUGAAAACACAAACCUCGACAACGUAGGUCCAAAUAACAGGUCCCUUAGAAACAGGAUUACCACACAACAACCAGUGUUCAACUUCUUUGUGCGUAAACAGCUGGGCAAGUUCAUAACGUUCCAAAAAUCGGGUCAGUAGAUCACAAACCUGUUCCACGUCCUUUGCUUCCAUUCUACGAAGGUUGGGAAGUUCAGUCUUCUUAGGCAGACCGAAACGUUCAAUUUCACGUUCUUCGCUUGAACCAAGAGGAAGAGGGGAGAAGCCAAUGUCAUACAGCUUUUUCCAGUUGAUGCUGCGAUGCAAGUAUCUACACGUACUGAUGGGACUGGGAACCACAAUUCCGGCGGUGUAAAUAGCUUGCCAGAUAUUCUUCAAAUGACAACGACGAGUGACUUCUUUGAUAAGGACAGGCGUUAGUCGCUUGCUACGUAACUUCUUGUGAACGCAGAGGAAGUUGACCUCAGAACAACGCUCAAAAACUCUGUCACGAACACGAACUUGUACGGGAAUCGCUGAAAUGAAAGCGACAAGUUUUCCAGACGACUUGACACGAACACCGACGUGCCAAUCCUUGACAUAACCAGGAGGCAUAAGAGCCCAUUGUAAAAACUUUGCAGAAUAGUCAAAACGAAGCAUGGAGGAAGAAUCUUCCACGUAAUUCUCCGUUAACAGCGAAUAAAUUUCCGUUAACUAUAAACAAGAAAAGAUAUCAUUAGCACGUGAAGCUCUCACUAACGCGAAGACAUUUUUCUGUGCAUACCUGCUUCUCAUCGCAAACGUCCAACGUAACCCAUUCAAAAUCUUUCAACAUGCGCAAUGGUUCCGUAGGAACGGCGGAAAUGUUUGUGUUUGGAUCAAUCGGUCCCUCAACAUCAUUCUCGUCAUCUUUUAAACUGUUAGUUGCGGAUCAUUCACUUUUAUUUGCAUACCAAACUUAGGAACUGGUUGAGUUUUCCAAAACUUGUACUCCUCGAACUUUUUGGGAAUAACACUUUCCUCUUCUUCUCCAGCACCGUCUGCGAGUGCUAGACGUUCCAAAAGCUCACGAAAACUCGCUGCAGUGAGCUUAUUUGUAGACGAAACUGUUUUCUCUUGCUUUUCUGGUGCCAUGCUACUUGGUACUAGGAGUGGUAAAAUGACCUAUAACAGGCCAAAACAGAACAACUGUUAAGCAGGCCUCAUGAACAAACGGCACAUUAGUUCGUGUUAUGUCUUGUUAUUACGUAUGCUUCGUUCAUAAAACACAUGCAUACGCGGGAAGACUCUUUUUUGUUACGUUUAGUUAUUAACAGAAUUGUCUGCUUAAAUUUUCAACUUGACGGAAUCGAUAUAAAUUGGCAGAGACAAUGAAGCUGUUUGCUAACACCUGUUUUUUUUUCCUCUUAGAAUGUUUGUCUUGAUUUGUCCUAUUCAUCAAUGUACAUUGAAGUACUCUUACGAUUGAUCAAUUAUAGACAUUCAUUUGGUAUUGAGAUACCUAUUUUAAUAGCACUAUUUCGAAAAAUAAGUCUGUCGAACAGUUGAGUGCCGUUCACGUGGUACUAUUCGUUAUGUUUAUUUGUUUACAUUAAAGUCUAUAUGCUGAAGGCAUCGGUUCUUGUUCUUUAGCGUUUUCUGCUCCCUUGGAAAGCAUAGGCAAGUUACUCGUUCUUUGCUUAUAUCUUAUUCUUGGUAUUUGUCUGGCUACGGACAACUUGGGUUUUGAUUCAACUAUGAAUCAACCUUCAGAAGAUACGAGGGCUACAACUCCUCGGGCGUAUGCAGAUGACUUGCCUGAACCCACGAAUGCGCCUGAGGAUAUCCUUUUUCUCUUUGUCGUGCUUCUUACCAUUCCGGUUUUUAUACUUUUUCUUGUUGCACUUCGGAGAUACAUCGAUUAUAAACACAAGCCAAAUCGACUUUUGCGAUCCAUAUUCUGCUGUGUAGAAGACGAGCGGCGAGCCGGUGGAACGGACAUGUAUGCCAUGCCGGCGGGUGAAUCGACCGCUUCACUUCCUCCAUACACUGAGACAGUGCGUGCUGGGGAACAGACUAUUGCCGUGGAAGGGGAGCGUGAAAAUGUGGACGUCGUCUUGAGUGUACCUGACAAUACCGACGGCGAACCCGAUCCAUAUCCAUUCCCUGCUCAUGGAUUCAAUCACAGAAUGCGCUACUUACGGCUCCUACAAAAGUAUCGUAAUAGUCAUCCUCAAAUUGCUUAUGGAAGUAUUGGUAUAAGCCGAUGCAAUGGUAGCAGACUCGUUGCUGGUCUACCUCCACCUGCACCGGCUGUUUCUCCUAUGGAGCCAAAUGCCCCACUGUAUGACUACGAAACGUUUUAUUAUUCACCUGAUGACUUUGAUCCAGCAUCUCGCUAUUACUACCCUCGCAGUAAUUUAAGUCCUUGUAGCCAAAGGACUCUUCCUCCUCCUAGCUACUCGGCCGACGACCUCUCUUCCUUUUCAUUCCAUACGGAAGAUGGAUACUUGUCAGAUACCUCGACACUUAUUAGUCAAAUUGUUUAGUGGGCGAAGACACUUAUCUGCUUUGACACUUUUUUUUACUUGACAUCCAUUAGUUACAUACAUGUAUCCACGUGUUUUCCCUUCAACCUUGCUUUGUCACCGGGUAGUUUGAUUAUAAAUAAUACAUGUAUAUAUAUAUU